GUUCCCCGAGGUGGCCCUUCCAUAGGGCCUCCUCUCUGUCCUUGACGGUGCUGCUUGUCUGCUCAAGCCCCUGGAGGAGAGCAGGGCGAUGGGGCUGCCCCUGCUGCUGCCGGUGCUGCUGCCGCUGCUGCCCCUGCUGCCGGCAUCUCUGCAGGCUGGUUACUGGGCAGAAUCCAGUCCAAAGGUUGGCUCUGGGGUCAACCAACCAGAGCACCUCUCAGCCCCCGAGGGUGGCUCCAUCCACAUCCCCUUCUCCUUCUAUUACCCCUGGGAGUUAGCCAAGGUUCCCAGGGUGAGUAUAGCCUGGAGACGGAGGCACUUCCAUGGGGAGUACAUCUACAACACCACCCCGCCUUUCAUCCGUGAGGAUUACAAGAACCGGCUCUUCCUGAACUGGACAGAGGGUUGGAAGACCGGCUCCCUCCUGAUCUCCAACCUGCGGAGAGAGGACCAGACUACGUACUUCUGCCGGGUCCGGUUGAACACACUGAUGAACGGCGAGCAGCAAUGGCAGUCCAUCCCAGGGACCACACUCAUCAUCACCCACGCUGUCAAGACGACCACCCCGGGCCCCACCACCCCCACAGCUGGCGUCGGGGUCUCAGAGGGCAAAAGGAGCAGCAAGUCUUGGUCCCUGAGUCUGGAAGCUGUGGUCGGGGUGGCACUGGCCAGCGCUGUGCUCAAAAUCGCAAUUUUGGGACAGAUAGUCUACCUUGAGUGGAAGAGAAGGAAAGGUAAGUGGUCCAGAAGCCCCGCCCUCUCUCCAAGCUACACAGUAGGUUGUUUCUCAGAACCCACCUACAUCAGAAUGACCCCAGGGCACCCCCGUGACGCAGCGGUUAACUGCCCGCGCUCGGCUGCGGGGGGCCCAGGGUUCGCAGUCCUCUUCGAGGCAGCCUCCUGA